CGUCGAUACUCAGGCAAUAAGGAUGGCGGACAGGUCGUGACGUCAGGGGAACAGGAACGAUAAUUACGCACGUAUAUAAAUUGUCUCCCCUCCAAGAGGUCUUCACAAGCAAAGAACUGUAACGCACCACCUCUCCUAAGGACCCCAGAUAAGAACACUCCCAUCCAACAUGAAUCGAAUUUUUUCAGUCGCCAUGGCCUGCUGCUUGCUGGCAACAGCUUUUGGUCAAAUGCCAAUGGGUGGCAUGGGCGGAAUGGGAGGGAUGGGUAUGCUCCCCCUGUUGAUGAGAGGCGGCGGUAUGGAGGGUGGCAUGCUGAGCAUGCUCAUGAUGUCCAUGAUGAACCAGGGCGGCGCCGGCGGGGGCAUGAGCUCCAUGAUGCCCCUCAUGAUGAUGCUCCGCGGUGGCGGCAGCAGCGAGAUGAUGCCCCUGAUGAUGAUGCUGAUGAACCAGGGCGCCAGCGGCGGCGGCGCCGGGGGUAUGGGAUCCCUGAUGAGCAACCCCAUGAUGCUGAUGUCUCUGAUGAACGGCGGUGGUGAAAUGAGCCGCAUGCUCCCACUUUUGAUGAUGAGCCAAGGCGGAGCUGGAGCCGGUGGAGCCGGAGGCGAGCCCGGAGCCGGGGGAGCCUCCCCAGGCAUGACCGGCAUGGCGCCGCUUUUACUCAGCGGAGCCAUGGGCGCAUAAGAACUUUAAAAUAAAUAAUUUAUAUUUAUAAAUUGUCCCUUUGUUUUUUUUUUAAACACACUACCCCCUGACCUCCCCCCCCCUACCCCCAUCACACCCUACCCCCACAUGUCACCAUCGUCAGAACUCUCUCAGGAACUUCAGCAGCCAUCAUCAGUCUUGUGGUUCCCAUGGCAACAGCAGUACACAAACAACAAACAAACAAGAAACUAAAAUGCUGACGACUGUAUAAGAACGUUAGAUGUCCUGAUGAAAUUCAACCAAAUCAUUUAAA